GUCCUUUGUUUUCUCCCUAGCUGACAUCAACCUGGCGGCGUGGGGUCGCAAGGCUAUCGACAUUGCUGAGAACGAGAUGCCCGGCCUGAUGAAGAUGAGGGAGAUGUACGGGCAGUCCAAGCCCCUGAAGGGUGCCCGCAUUGCAGGGUGCCUCCACAUGACCCUGCAGACCGCUGUGCUCAUUGAGACACUCACUGUCCUCGGCGCUGAGGUCCAGUGGUCUAGCUGUAACAUCUUCUCCACCCAGGACCACGCCGCUUCAGCCAUUGCCAAGACCGGUGUUCCAGUCUAUGCCUGGAAGGGGAUGACCGAUGAGGAGUACGUGUGGUGCAUUGAGCAGACCAUCUACUGGAAGGACGGCCAGCCCCUCAACAUGAUCCUGGAUGACGGCGGCGACCUCACCAACAUGGUCCACAAGAAGUACCCCAUACUGCUGUCAGGAAUCAAGGGUGUGUCUGAGGAGACCACCACAGGGGUGCACAACCUGUACAAGAUGAUGAAGAACGGUGAGCUCAAGGUCUCAGCCAUCAAUGUCAAUGACUCAGUCACCAAGAGCAAGUUCGACAACCUGUAUGGCUGCAGAGAGUCUCUGAUUGACGGGAUCAAGCGGGCCACCGACGUGAUGAUUGCCGGAAAGGUGGCGGUUGUUGCCGGCUACGGUGACAUUGGCAAGGGCUGCGUCCAGGCCCUCCGUGGGUUCGGUGCCCGCGUCAUCGUCACAGAGGUGGACCCCAUCAAUGCCCUGCAGGCUGCCAUGGAGGGUCUGGAUCCUCUUUACAAAUAUGAUCUGAAGAAUUUGUUUUAAGUUGAAGGCCAUUUAUAAUUGCUGUACAUACUAUGCAAACAAUUUCUGUUUGACCCUCCACACACACCCUAGAUGUGCUAUAUACGUUAUGUUGUCUUCUGUAAUUUAGUUCUCCAGUUUUGUCCUAAACUACCGUUCUCCUGCCAGGUGGACCGCUACCGCAUGAAGAGUGGUCGCCACAUCAUCGUCCUGGCCGAGGGCAGACUGGUCAACCUGGGCUGCGCCAUGGGCCACCCCAGCUUCGUCAUGAGCAACUCUUUCACUAACCAAGUGUUGGCCCAGAUUGAGCUGUGGAAGAACACCAGCAAGUACCCCCUGGGAGUCCACUUCCUGCCCAAAAAGCUGGAUGAGGAGGUGGCUGCCGCCCAUCUCGACAAGCUCGGCGUCAAGCUGACUAAGCUGUCAGAUAAGCAGGCCAAAUACCUGGGACUUAACUGCGAAGGACCCUUCAAGCCCGACCACUACCGCUAUUGAAAAGUUUGACAGGAAGGUGGCCAAGCAGCGGCCCAGAGUCAUGGUGCAGUCUGGAGGUGGUGUGGUGGUGCAUGGACACGUGGGUCUGGGUAGGGGAAGAUUCCCAGGAGUCUUCUGGUGGCUAGGACAUUUUUGCUAAUGCUCUGCUUCAACUUGCAUUCAAAUUGUCUUGCCCACUGUAUACACUUGCCUUUAGAUUCUAACCAGAGCUCCAUUGCCUUUCAAGUAACAAGUGCUAAAUGGCUUCUAAAAGCCCCAUUCUUGUUAUAAAUUGCAUUCCCUCUUUAAUAAUGGAAAAAGCCUAAUGUAUUUUAGUUGAAAGCCCCAAACCUGAAUAGUACAGGGAUAACAUAUACAAUGUAGUGUCUAAUAUGGCAAUAAGUGCUGGUUUCGUAUUGUCUUAAGGAAAAUCCACCAAAGUACCACCAAAGCAGUUCUUUCCUGGCUUCAGGUAUACUUACUCAGUUCUAGAACAUCUGUAGUGACUUCCCUAUUCUGUUUUUUUUUUUAGCUUUAUCUUGCCAGUGUUGUGAGCUGUGACGGAAUGGGGUGUGGUCAGGUUUACUAUAGUGCCAUGUUUUGCGGUUACAUCAUGUAUAUCUCAAGCGUUGCAUUUCAU